ACCUGGUUCUCAGAGCUGCGGGCUGACUCGGACAGAGAGUGCUCCAACACUCGCGGCCGCCGGAGGAGGCGACAGGCUUGGCGAGGCGCGCGGCCAGGGGUGGGUGGAAGGUCGGGGGAGGGACUCAGCCUUUCUCCUGUCGGGAGCGAGAUCUGGACUGCGCUGGGCGUCCGGAGCCCUGGACCAGCCCCCGGCCAUCGCGGCCGCCGCCCUGUCCGCUGUUACCCGGCCAGGUGCAAAACGCCUUGUCAUUGGGAGAGUCUGCGGCCGGAGCAUUGAAUUACAGCUCAGCCGAGCCCGGGUAGGGCGGCGGGGCUGGAAGAUGAGCAGAAGCCCCUGUACUCCGAGCGCCCUCCGACUAGCGGGGUAAGCGCGGUUGGGACGGCGACCGGGUGUAGCCCCCUGGAGCAGCGCGGGGCUAGCCUGGUUCUCUUCAAAAGCAGAAGAUCUGAGCCAGGGCCGAUCACAACCGGCCUCCCUCCUUCAGCUUUCUCCAGUUAGAGAGACCCACCUCGAUCGUCCCCGACCUUCCCCAGCCUUCUCUGCGCACCCUGGGUGUACGGGGCCCUAACUCGUGCCAGUCAUGCUGAGGGUCUUCAUCCUCUAUGCUGAGAACGUCCACACCCCGGACACCGACAUCAGCGAUGCCUACUGCUCUGCGGUGUUUGCAGGAGUGAAGAAGAGAACCAAAGUCAUCAAGAACAGUGUGAACCCCGUGUGGAAUGAGGGCUUUGAGUGGGACCUCAAGGGCAUUCCCUUGGACCAGAGUUCCGAGCUUCAUGUGGUGGUCAAAGACCAUGAGACAAUGGGGAGGAACAGGUUCUUGGGGGAGGCCCAAGUCCCACUCCGGGAGGUCCUUGCCACACCCAGCCUGUCUGCCAGCUUCAAUGCCCCCCUGCUGGACACCAAGAAGCAGCCCACGGGGGCCUCGCUGGUCCUACAGGUGUCCUACACACCACUCCCUGGAGCUGUGCCCCUGUUCCCGCCCUCUGCAUCUCUGGAACCCUCGCCCACUCUGCCCAACUUGGAUAUGAUGGCUGGUGGGGGACAGAGCCGGGCUGAGACUUGGUCCCUGCUCAGUGACAGCACCGUGGACACGAGAAACUCUGGAAAGAAGUGGCUGGUCCCCACCGACACAGGAGAGGACACCGAGGACCAGGGGCUCACGGGAGAUGAGGCAGAGCCAUCACUGGAUCAGAGCGGUGCCCCAGGCCCCGGGGCACCCACCACCCCAAGGAAGCCACCUUCUCAUCCGCCUCCCUACCACCCCGGGAGCAAGAGGAAAAGAAGUGCUCCCACUCCCAGAAAGCUACUGUCUGACAAACCGCAGGACUUCCAGAUCAGGGUGCAGGUGAUCGAGGGGCGCCAGCUGCCAGGGGUGAAUAUCAAGCCUGUGGUCAAGGUCACGGCUGCUGGGCAGACCAAGAGGACACGGAUCCACAAGGGAAACAGCCCGCUCUUCAAUGAGACUCUCUUCUUCAACGUGUUUGACUCUCCCUCGGAGCUGUUCGAGGAGCCCAUCUUUAUCACGGUGGUAGACUCCCGUUCUCUCCGGACAGAUGCUCUCAUUGGAGAAUUCCGGAUGGACGUGGGCGCCAUCUACAGAGAGCCUCGACAUGCCUAUCUGAGGAAGUGGCUGCUUCUCUCGGAUCCUGACGAUUUCUCUGCUGGAGCCAGAGGUUACCUGAAAGCAAGCCUCUGUGUUCUGGGGCCUGGAGAUGAAGCGCCUCUGGAGAGAAAGGACCCCUCUGAAGACAAGGAGGACAUCGAAAACAAUCUGCUCAGGCCAACUGGUGUGGCCCUUCGAGGAGCCCACUUCUGCCUGAAGGUCUUCAGAGCGGAGGACUUACCACAGAUGGAUGACGCCGUGAUGGACAACGUGAAGCAGAUCUUCGGCUUUGACAGUAACAAGAAGAACUUGGUGGAUCCCUUCAUGGAAGUCAGCUUUGCGGGGAAAAUGCUGUGCAGCAAGAUCCUGGAGAAGACAGCCAACCCUCAGUGGAACCAGAGCAUCACGCUGCCUGCCAUGUUUCCCUCCAUGUGUGAAAAAAUGAGAAUUCGUGUCAUGGAUUGGGACCGCCUCACCCACAAUGACAUCGUGGCUACCAUCUACCUGAGUAUGUCGAAAAUCUCUGCCCCUGGAGGAGAAAUAGAAGAGGAGCCUGCAGGUGUGGUCAAGCCUUCUCCAACCAUGGACCUGGACGACCAUCUGGGCUUCCUCCCCACCUUCGGGCCCUGCUAUGUCAACCUCUACGGCAGCCCCAGGGAGUUCACCGGCUUCCCGGACCCCUACGCAGAACUCAACACUGGCAAGGGAGAAGGCGUGGCCUACCGAGGGCGGCUUCUGCUCUCCUUGGAGACCAAGCUGGUGGAGCACAGCGAGCAAAAGGUGGAGGACCUCCCUGCUGACGACAUCCUCCGGGUGGAGAAGUAUCUCCGGAGGCGCAAGUACUCCCUCUUUGCCGCCUUCUACUCGGCCUCCAUGCUCCAGGACGUGGAUGAUGCCAUCCAGUUUGAGGUCAGCAUUGGGAACUACGGCAACAAGUUCGACACGACGUGUCUGCCGCUGGCCUCCACCACUCAGUACAGCCGGGCGGUCUUUGACGGGUGCCACUACUACUACUUGCCGUGGGGCAACGUGAAGCCCGUGGUGGUGCUGUCCUCCUACUGGGAGGACAUCAGCCACAGAGUCGAGACUCAGAACCAGCUGCUCAGGAUUGCGGACCGGCUGGAAGCUGGCCUGGAGCAAGUCCACUUGGCCGUGAAGGCGCAGGGCAACACCGAGGACGUAGACUCCCUGUUGGCUCAGUUGUUGGAUGAGCUCAUCUCAGACUGCAGCCAGCCCCUAGGUGAUGUCCACGAGAUACCCUCUGCCACCCACCUAGACCAGUACCUGUAUAGGCUGCGCAGCCGACACCUGAACCAGAUGACUGAGGCAGCGCUGGCCCUGAAGCUCGGGCAUGGUGGGCUCCCGGCUGCCCUGGAGCAGGCUGAAGACUGGCUGCUGCGUCUGCGCGCCCUGGCUGAGGAGCCCCAGAACAGCCUGCCCGACAUCAUCAUCUGGAUGCUGCAGGGAGACAAGCGGGUGGCGUACCAGCGGGUGCCUGCGCGUGACAUCCUCUUCUCCCGGCGGGGCGCCAAGUACUGUGGCAAGAACUGUGGGAAGCUGCAGACGCUAUUUCUCAAAUACCCUAUGGAGGGGGUACCCGGAGCCCGGAUGCCGGUGCAGAUACGGGUGAAGCUCUGGUUUGGGCUUUCUGUGGAUGAGAAGGAGUUCAACCAGUUUGCUGAGGGGAAGCUGUCUGUCUUUGCUGAAACCUAUGAGAACCAGACCAAACUGGCCCUCGUUGGGAACUGGGGCACGACAGGCCUCACCUACCCCAAGUUUUCUGAUGUCACGGGCAAGAUCAAGCUCCCCAAGGAUAGCUUCCGCCCCUCAGCUGGCUGGACCUGGGCUGGAGACUGGUUCGUGUGUCCAGAGAAGACGCUGCUCCAUGACACUGAUGCAGGCCACCUGAGUUUCGUGGAGGAGGUGUUUGAGAACCAGACUCGGCUCCCUGGAGGCCAGUGGAUCUACAUGAGCGACAACUACACGGAUGUGAAUGGGGAGAAGGUGCUUCCCAAGGAUGACAUUGAGUGCCCACUGGGCUGGAAGUGGGAAGAUGAAGAGUGGUCCACAGACCUCAAUCGGGCCGUUGAUGAGCAAGGCUGGGAGUACAGUAUCACCAUCCCCCCGGAUCGGAAGCCGAAGCACUGGGUUCCUGCCGAGAAGAUGUACUACACACACCGGCGGAGACGCUGGGUCCGCCUGCGCAGGAGGGACCUCAGCCAGAUGGAGGCCCUGAAGCGGCACAGGCAGGCGGAAGCGGAGGGUGAGGGCUGGGAGUAUGCCUCACUCUUCGGCUGGAAAUUCCACCUGGAGUACCGCAAGACAGAUGCGUUCCGCCGCCGCCGCUGGCGCCGCCGCAUGGAGCCGCUGGAGAAGACAGGCCCUGCGGCUGUGUUUGCCCUUGAGGGGGCUCUGGGCGGCGUGGUAGAUGACAGGAGUGACGAUUCCAUGUCCGUGUCCACCCUGAGCUUCGGCGUGAACAGACCCACGAUUUCCUGCAUCUUUGACUAUGGGAACCGCUACCACUUACGCUGCUAUAUGUACCAGGCCCGGGACCUGCCCUCGAUGGACAAGGACUCCUUUUCUGAUCCCUACGCCAUCGUCUCCUUCCUGCACCAGAGCCAGAAGACAGUGGUGGCAAAGAACACUCUGAACCCCACUUGGGACCAGACACUCAUCUUCUAUGAGAUUGAGAUCUUUGGUGAGCCGGCCAGCAUCGCUGAGCAGCCGCCCAACAUUGUGGUGGAGCUGUAUGACCACGACACUUACGGUGCAGAUGAGUUUAUGGGCCGCUGCAUGUGUCAACCCAGUCUGGAACGGAUGCCCCGGCUGGCCUGGUUCCCCCUGAUAAGGGGCAGCCAGCCAGCGGGCGAGCUCCUGGCCUCUUUUGAGCUCAUCCAGAGAGAGAAGCCGGCCAUUCACCAUAUUCCUGGUUUCGAGGUGCAUGAUACGUCAGGAAUCCUGGAUGAGCUGUGUGCACCUGCCUUCUUCCUCCAGGGCCUCCUCCAAACGUCCGAGGACACAGACCUGCCCUACCCGCCGCCUCAGAGGGAGGCCAACAUCUAUAUGGUUCCCCAGAAUAUCAAGCCAGUUCUCCAGCGUACUGCCAUAGAGAUCCUGGCGUGGGGCCUGCGGAACAUGAAAAGUUAUCAGCUGGCCAGUGUCUCUUCCCCCAGCCUUGUGGUGGAGUGCGGGGGUCAGACAGUGCAGUCCUGUGUCAUCAAGAACCUCCGGAAGAACCCCAACUUUGACGUCUGCACCCUCUUCAUGGAAGUGAUGCUGCCCAGGGAGGAGCUCUACUGUCCCCCCAUUGUGAUCAAGGUCAUUGACAAUCGUCAGUUUGGCCGCCGGCCCGUGGUGGGCCAGUGUACUGUCCGCUCCCUGGAGAGUUUCAUGUGUGACCUGUACUCCGAGGAGAGUCCGUCCCCACAGGGCGGUCCAGAUGAUGUGAGUUUACUCAGUCCUGGGGAAGACGUGCUCAUUGACAUUGAUGACAAGGAGCCCCUCAUCCCCGUUCAGCUUGCAGACGGUCUGUUGGGCUCUGCCCCCACUAACAUGGCAUCUUCUCCGUCCAGUCUUCAUGAGGAGGAGUUCAUCGACUGGUGGAGCAAAUUCUUUGCCUCCACAGGGGAGAGGGAGAAGUGCGGCUCAUACUUGGAGAAGGGCUUUGACACUCUAAAGGUCUAUGACACACAACUGGAGAACGUGGAGGCCUUUGAAGGCCUGUCUGACUUUUGCAACACCUUCAAGCUCUACCGGGGCAAGACUCAGGAGGAGACGGAGGACCCGUCUGUUAUCGGGGAGUUUAAGGGCCUCUUCAAAAUCUACCCCCUCCCAGAAGACCCGGCUGUCCCCAUGCCCCCGAGACAGUUCCACCAGCUGACCGCCCAGGGGCCUCAGGAGUGCCUGGUCCGCAUCUAUAUCAUCCGAGCAUUUGGCCUGCAGCCCAAGGAUCCCAAUGGGAAGUGUGACCCUUACGUCAAGAUCUCCAUAGGGAAGAAAUCAGUGAGUGACCAGGAUAACUACAUUCCCUGUACCCUAGAGCCUGUGUUUGGAAAGAUGUUCGAGCUGUCUUGCACUCUGCCUCUGGAGAAGGACCUGAAGAUCACGCUCUACGACUAUGACCUCCUCUCCAAAGAUGAAAAGAUCGGGGAGACAGUCAUCGACCUGGAAAAUAGGCUGCUGUCCAAAUUUGGGGCUCGCUGUGGACUCCCCCAGACCUACUGUGUCUCCGGACCCAACCAAUGGAGGGACCAGCUCCGCCCGUCCCAGCUCCUCCAACUCUUCUGCCAGCAGCGCAGACUCAAGGCUCCCGUGUACCUCACGGACCGUGUGCUCUUUCAGGAUAAAGAAUAUACCAUUGAAGAAACAGAAGGUGGCAGGGUCCUGAACCCACACCUGGGCCCAGUGGAAGAGCGUCUGGCCUUGUACAUCCUCCGGCAGCUGGGCCUUGUCCCCGAGCAUGUGGAAUCCCGGCCCCUGUACAGCCCUCUGCAGCCAGACAUUGAGCAGGGAAAGCUACAGAUGUGGAUCGACCUAUUUCCCAAGGCCCUGGGGCGGCCUGGACCUCCCUUCAACAUCACCCCACGGAGAGCCAGAAGGUUUUUCCUGCGGUGUAUUAUCUGGAACACAAAGGACGUGAUCCUGGAUGACCUCAGCAUCACAGGGGAGAAGAUGAGUGAUAUUUAUGUGAAAGGUUGGAUGGUUGGCUUUGAAGAGCACAAGCAGAAAACAGAUGUGCAUUAUCGGUCCCUGGGCGGCGAAGGCAACUUUAACUGGAGGUUCAUUUUCCCCUUUGACUAUCUGCCUGCAGAGCAAGUCUGCACCGUCUCUAAGAAGGAUGCUUUUUGGAGGCUGGACAAGACUGAGAGCAAAAUCCCAGCCCGAGUGGUAUUUCAGAUCUGGGACAAUGACAAGUUCUCCUUUGACGACUUUCUGGGCUCCUUGCAGCUGGAUCUGAACCAUAUGCCCAAGCCUGCCAAGACCGCCGAGAAGUGCUCUUUGGACCAGCUGGAUGACACUUUUCACCCGGAGUGGUUUGUGUCCCUUUUCGAACAGAAAACCGUGAAGGGCUGGUGGCCCUGCGUGGCAGACGAGGGCGAGAAGAAGAUCCUGGCGGGCAAGCUGGAAAUGACCUUGGAGAUCGUAGCAGAGAGUGAACAUGAGGAGCGGCCUGCUGGCCAGGGCCGGGAUGAACCCAACAUGAACCCCAAACUCGAGGACCCAAGGCGCCCCGACACCUCCUUCCUCUGGUUCACGUCUCCAUACAAGACCAUGAAGUUCAUCCUGUGGCGGCGGUUCCGGUGUGCCAUCAUCCUCUUCAUCAUUCUCUUCGUCCUGCUGCUCUUUGUGGGCAUCUUCCUCUAUUCCUUCCCGAACUACGCUGCCAUGAAGCUGGUGAAACCCUUCAGCUGAGGACUCUGCCCACAACUGGCCGCCUUCUCCAUUGGGCUUAGCUGAGCUCCUCCGGACCUCCGGGCCUGACCCGCCUGCUGGGGUGUAAACAGACGGGCAUGCGCUCCAAGAGUUGGUGACGUCGAGUCUUGGGAUCACCCGCCUUUCAUCAUUUCUUUUGCCCCCAACCCAACCCUUUUUGGAUCAGCCCAUAUGUAUUUCAGUAUAAAACAGUUUGAACCAUG